AAUGUGAUGGACUCUGAAUUGUAAGUCGCUUUGGAUUAAAGCGUCUGCUAAAUGACUGUAAUGUAAUGUUUCUGCUGAUGCAGUGAACAGUGGAGUCAUUGUCCAGCAUUAAUGCAGAGUAUCUGUCUCUCAGAGCCAGGGAGCUUAGUGUGGCUCUCCCUGGGUUACCUGCUGCUCACUGAGCCUACCAGUGGGGCUAGUGGAGAACUGGUUCCAUGGAGUUGGUGGUCUGGAGUGCUUCAUUUGAAAGACAACCAUCAGAAGCAUGAAUAGAGUUCUUGAAAUGAGAUGAAACAGUAACGGCAGAAGGUGAUAUUUAACGAUAUAAUGACAUAACCAGAUCAUAAAGUAAGGCUAUAAUAAGUGGUGAUCAUGUCUUCAGUAUACAGAGUAUAGUUCAGAGGAGGAGAUAAGAGCUCUAUCUAACUGAGAUGUUCAUGUCUCUCAUCCUAGUAUUACAAGGUUUAUCAUUGUUGUCAUGUGUUUGUGAGCGGCUCUGUCAGAGGAGCUCUCACUCUGCUCCAGCGGUCUUGUCCCCGUCAUCCUGUACCAGUGAUGACUCGGUACCUCUGAUCUGAUGUACCACGGCUAACAGUGAGCCAGAUCCCAGAGCCAGCAGGAUGCUGGUGCUGCAGAGUCUCUGUGACUCAAUGUUUCCACAUCACACGGUCACACCUGUAAGUACGCUUUUGUGCUGCUUCUGUCUCAGGAAGUUGGAAACCGCUACGGAAACUUCUCCCUGGCGACCAUGUUCCCUCGGCGGGAGUUCACCAGUGAAGACCUGGACAAGACUCUGCUGGAGCUGGAACUGGCUCCGAGUGCUUCCAUCGUGCUUCUGCCACAGUCCAGCCGGCCCGCUAACGCGGUGGUCCAGUCCUCUGAUGGUGGUAUCUGGGCCGUUCUGGGCACACUCGUCUACCCUCUGCUGGCUGUGUGGAGAUUCCUCAGCUCCUUCCUCUUUGCUACCCCGCCCCCUCCCGGAGCAGCGUCCAGAGGCCCUGGCCAGCCGUCCGGCUCCUACACCAACUCAGCAUCAGCCUCCGACAAAGCAAAGAGAGACACUGUGGACAAGCGGCCCAAAGACUUCAAGAAGGACGGGAAGAUCUGCCGGCUCCGGACUCAGGAGGACAGCGAGGACGAAAACAACACCUGGAACGGGAACUCCACCCAGCAGAUGUAGCGCAGAACAGCCGUGUGAUUAGUUGAGUGUGAUCAGUUCAAGGCUUCUGUUCUCUCCUCCUCUUACUGUCUCCAGGCCUCCCCUGCUCCUCGCCUGCAUGGGUACAUCUUAACAAUCAACAGAACCUCCUUUGGCUCCAGCUGAGUGUCUUUGUGUUGAUUGUGACGUGGUCGUGUCUCCUAACCCGGGCUCAGGCUACACCAGCUCAGUGGAUCAGACGUGCUGAUGAAGGAGCAGGUGGACAGUAAGCAGCUGACCUGCAGAUGCUGUAGUCUGAGCCUGGCUUCACAUUGUUAUGAGUCACUGUGAUUUGGAAACAUUUAACUCUUGAAUGGUCGGCUGAUUGCCAGUGACCCAUGCAGAUUAUUACCUAACACUGGGACGACGACAUUUCUGUUUUACAUGUAUAUGAAAUAUUCCAUCAAACAGCUUGCAGCUGCUGGCUGAGGACUAUGCAUCUGUUGCUGUUGGAGUUCUACCAAGGUGGUGGUGACACACACACAUACACACACACACACCUUGGCAUUAUGUGUCUCUAUUUGUAGACAAUGGGUGUAGUUCUCCUCAUCCAACAAUGAAUAUUAAAGCAGCCUGUUUUUCAAAAAGCC